AUGGAUCCUGCAUUCACGGACCCUUUCGCAUUCCAGGUGGACAAUUUUGCUAGCUUCGGGCAGCCCGCCAGUUCCUCUCGAGGCCCCCAGACUUCUUAUUAUGAUACCCCUCCGCUCUACACGGAUUCCUACUCCGACUCCAAUAAGACCGCCCCUGGGUUUCCUUCCAUGCCGGGUACGCCCCCGACGCUUCCCUCCACCCAGCCGCUGGACUCCCACGUUCCGGGCCUGACCGCCCCGUCGGGUCCGUCUGUCGCCAGCGCCUCCUCCUCGGCCAUUGGGUCGCCGUACUCCGGCACGGCCCAUGCCAACCAGGAGAACUGGGUCGAUACGAACCACGGCCUGGGCCUUCCCGCCGCGGUGAUGGGGGAUCUGUUUCCGAACGACUACACGGGGACGACCCUGGACCCCGAUUACUUUGCCAAUAAAGGCGCGGACAGCUUUGUUGACCCUUCUUUGAUCCCGCUUCAGCAGCAGUCGAAUCUGUCGACCCCGGCCAUCUCCUACCCGGAACAGACUGAUUAUAGCUUGGUCCCCGGCGGAUUCUUCCCUCAGUCCCCUGACCCUUCCCAAUUCCAAUUUGCGGAUCCCUAUGGUCCAUUCACACAGCAGCCAUGCCCCAUGCCCGCCUCAUCCCCAUCUUUGAUGCCCUCCCAUGUCCCGCCCCGUCGUCUCUCCCUCUACGACCGUCGGUCCUCGGUCUCUUCCGUGCAGUCUCGUCGCUCGCAGCUGAGCCCGGCGGCCAGCAACGCCGAGAUCGAGGAGGACGCCAAGGAAAAGGGCCGAUGCCCUCAUCCGGAUUGCGGUCGAGUCUUCCGGGACCUGAAAGCGCACAUGCUGACGCAUCAGUCGGAGCGUCCGGAGAAAUGCCCCAUUGUCACUUGCGAGUACCACACCAAGGGGUUUGCCCGCAAGUACGACAAGAACCGCCACACCCUGACCCACUACAAGGGAACGAUGGUUUGCGGCUUCUGCCCGGGAUCCGGGUCGCCGGCCGAGAAGAGCUUCAACCGGGCGGAUGUCUUCAAACGUCAUCUGACCUCUGUGCACGGUGUGGAACAGACCCCUCCCAACUGCCGGAAGAGAAGCCCCGCGGCCGCCAGCAAGCCUGCGCCGGGCUAUCCCCAAGACGCGACAGGCAAGUGCUCGACCUGUUCGGAGACUUUCAGCAACGCCCAAGACUUUUACGAACAUCUGGACGACUGUGUCCUCCGGGUGGUGCAGCAGAAGGAGCCCAGCGAGGCCAUCAACGAGCAGCGCCUCGCCGAGGUGGAGUCCGACGAGGAGGUGAAGAAGACCAUGGAGAAGCACAACCUGAACACGGCUGGCACCGUUGAGCGAUACGACGAUGACAACGAUGACGACGAUGAUGACUCCAACGAAGCAUCGUUUCUCCGACGCGCCGGCAAAGGCUCCCUCAAGUCCACCAAGGGCGCCUUCGCCGCCAACAACCGCCCCAUCCUGGGCAACAAUGCCGUGACCAAGCGCUCCGCGGCUACGAAACGCCGCAACAACCGUGAUCGGUACCCCCAGUCGUGGGGCUGCCCCAGCAGCAGCAUCAAGACCAAAAAGCGCGUGCUCUGCGUCUUUGACGGCCAGCGCCGCCUGUGGAAGGACGAGAUGGUGCUGGAUAAUGAAUUCGAAGUGCGACUCAAGCUCCCCGGCGGUGCCGGAGACGGCACCAACCGCGAGGCAUACAUCACCGACCUGGAUGUGGAGACGAUGAAGCGCGCCGAAGGCGUCCUGAGCGCCAACGACGAGGAGCGAGGCCCGUGGCUAGAUGGGCCGCUCACCCAGAUGAUUGGGCCAUCGGCGAUGAUGUCUGAGAUGCCUCCGGCCCUCGAGGGCAAGGCGACCUUCGACGAGUUCAUGUUUUAA